AUCACGGCCAAUCAGCAAUAAUAAAAUGUGCCCUGGAACAACAACGCGUUGCUGAUUUGAAAAACUUCGUCACGCUGCACUACUGUAAUAUAGGAUGAUGAUGAUUUCGAACGAACAUGGAGGAGAGCAAAAUAUUUGUUCAUCCAUAAUCUCGGCGUGUACUUCAAGCUGAUAAUCAGCAGGCAGGACCCCAAUCGAACAGAACACAUAAAGAGCGCAUCCCUUCGGCGAGCGUGAUCAGUUGUUCGCUAUUAUUACAAAAACGAGGACGUCCGCCGUAGUUCAACAGAAUCGAAUCGUACGAGAAGUUUUCAAAGUUCGACUAGCAACAAGCGGCGAGUGCAAAGUGGGGACGAAGACAGAAAAACGCAAAUCAAGCCAAUUUAGACAAUAAAGUUGAAGAGUGCAAAAAAAAGUUUAAAGUGAAGUGUGGGGUUGAGUUUCAACUUGUGCAACAGUAGGCGAAAAUGAAUCGAGCACUCUUCGGCAGCCUGGUGGCCAUAUCCGCCUCGUCGGAAUCGACCACAACGACGGCCUCUUCGGUGAUCGCAACGGGCACGUCGGCCCAGGAAAUUCACACCGCCCGGCGGAACAGCUUGCCGGCGGCCCCCAUCUUCAAACCUCUGCUCAAGCAGCAGCAGCCAAGUCACACUUUGUCCACCACCGGCAAGAUGACAAAUGACCGAGCGGCCUCCACGGGCCCGGCGCCGGUUCUGGCCAAACGGAUAGCCGAAGCGCGGGAGGUGCUCAAGAGCGCGCAGAUUGUGUGCUUCGACGUGGACUCGACGAUCAUCACGGAGGAGGGCAUCGACGAGUUGGCGCAGUAUUGUGGCAAGGGUUCCGAGGUGGCCGCGUUGACCAAGGAAGCGAUGGGCGGCAGUAUGACCUUCCAGGAGGCACUCCGGCGGCGGCUGGACAUUAUCAAACCGUCGCAGCGACAGAUUCGGGAGUUUUUGAAGACGCACCCGAGCACGAUCUCCGGUGGAGUGCGGGAGUUGAUUGACCAGCUGAGGCGGAACAGUGCGGAGAUCUACCUGGUCAGUGGGGGGUUUGACUGUCUGAUUGAGCCGGUGGCGGACGCGCUGGAGAUUCCGCUCUGCAAUCUGUUUGCGAACAAGCUGUAUUUUCACUUUAAUGGCAGUUACGCCGGAUUCGACACAAACCAGGUGACGUCCAAGUCCGGCGGUAAGGGCGAGGCCAUCAAGCAGAUCAAGGGACGCUUCAACAGCAACAAGGUCGUGGCCAUGAUCGGGGACGGCAUGACGGAUCUGGAGGCGUGUCCACCGGCAGAUCUCUUCAUUGGUUACGGAGGAAACGCCGUCCGGGAAGAGGUCCAGAAGCGCGCCACCUACUACGUGACCAACUUUGCCGACAUUCUGUGGUGAUAGGUGUAAACUCUACCACGCCGUGUGUACAUAUCCUUAUCGAUUUAGUUAAUUAAACAAUUGCUACAACCGCUCUACUAUUCUAUAAUCAUUGUAAUGCGCAAAAUA